GCAAGCCACAAGUGUACUAAGGUAGGAGAAAAACCAGGGAAGAGAAGAACACAAGGCAAAAGAAUCGGAGGAGACCGUCGAGCAUGAUACUAGCAAUUCUCUUUGCGAAUGUGGAAGGCAACAUCCUAAUCGAAAGUUUUGUGUCUUAUCUUAGAUUCAAUGGAGUUCCAGCUGAGGAACGCCUGCACUGGCGAUCAUUCUUAGUUAAACUGGGAGCAGAUAAUCUUAAAGGUGUGAAGAAUGAAGAGCACCUUAUUGCAAGCCACAAGUCUGUUUAUAUAGUCUACACAGUGCUUGGGGAUGUUAGCAUUUUUGUUGUGGGCAAGGAUGAGUAUGAUGAACUUGCUUUGGCAGAAGUCAUCUUUGCUAUUACCUCGUCUGUGAAGGAUGUAUGUGGCAAGCCUCCGACAGAGCGCGUUUUUCUGGAUAAGUAUGGGAAGAUUUGCUUGUGUCUCGAUGAAAUUGUUUGGCAGGGAGUGCUGGAUAAUGCAGACAAAGAUAGAGUAGCAAGGCUAACGAGAAUGAAACCUCCAAACGAGUUCUGAAUUCUGAUCACAAGUCUUUAUCACCAGCCAAUUGAAGACGGUGAUGUUCUUAGUUUAGAUAGUCCCUCAUAUCACGUGGGAAUGCACUGUACUUCUUACCUAUAUGUCUUUACAUCCAUGGCAGAUGCUGUAUUAGCUUCACACACGGGGAAGUAUAAAAAAUUGGCUCGGUUGCUCAACAGUGGUCUUGUGAUUUCUGGUGGAACGAGGUCUUGUUGUACUUUUAUAGGAUAUGAAACAAUUUAAAUUGUACCCAGUGGACAGCUCUCUUGCUGUUUCUCCUUGCAAUCUUCAACGCUUCAGCUUUAAUUAGUAGAUUUACAAGGGUUGCAGGCUAA